CGCGAGAGAAACCCGACCGUCAUGAUCGCAAACUUCGUCCUCCCGCUCGUCCUGCUGGCGUGCCUCUGCGCGGCGGCCCCCUCGAAGACAGCUCCGACCGUCUGCGAGCUGCCGAUGGUCAAGGGCAACUGCAGGGCGCUGAUGCCGAGGUAUCGCUACGACUCGCGGGCGAAGGACUGCCUUCCCUUCAAUUACGGCGGAUGCGGCGGGAACCGGAACAACUUCCUGUCGAGGGAGCAGUGCAUGGAGACGUGCAAAGGGGUCUGACGGGAGCGCCCGCCAGGCGGGACACCUCUUACCUGCGAACGCGUCGCCGCUUUUUCUCCCGAGUCGGCUUGCGAUCCCCCUCGAGGAAGGACCUCCGGGAAAUUCGUCGAGAGUCGUCGUCGUCGUCGCCGUCGUCGAUCGUAAAUCUUGUAUUUGUACGGACAAUAAAUUAAGUUAGGCGUAGCAA